AUGUCUGCUGAGGUUGAAGGCUUGAUAAGAGCAGGAACGUUCACGUUAGCAGCAAAAGUCCCGAUAGGCUGCAAUGUGAUAGAUGCUAGAUGGGUUUUCAAAUGGAAAGCAGACGAAAUAGGAAAGAUAGUGAAGGCCAAGGCUAGGCUUGUAGCGAAGGGCUUCAAGCAGAAGUAUGGUGUGGACUAUGUUGAGACUUUCUCGCCUACCGCAAAUGCUGCAUCUCAUAGAUUGGUAGUGGCGUUGGCGUGCAAGUACAACUUGGAAUUACUCCACUGGGAUAUUGAACAAGCAUUUGUUCAGUCGGAAUUGGAUUACGAGGUGUUCAUGAAGUUGCCUCCUGGCUGUGGUUCGAUGUCAGGAAAGGUUGUCCGUUUGAACAAGAGUUUGUACGAAUUGAAGCAGGAAUCUAGAACAUUUUACAACAGGCUGGUGUCGGAGCUGAAGAGGAUUGGUUUCGAGCAGUCUAUGUCUGACCCCUGUGUCCUGCGUUUCAUGAUGGGAGACGAGGUAGUGGGGAUGGUCGCAAUUCAUGUGGAUGACAUUCUGUAUGCAGGAACGAAGAGUCUGGCUGAGGUGGUAGUGGCAGCACUAGGUGACUCUCUUCCUACGAAGAAUUUGGGUGAGGUCAAGUUCUUCCUUGGUUGCGAAUAUAUUCGUGACCGCGAGGCUGGUACAAAAGAGAUUUCUCAGGAAAGCUAUAUCAGGAGUGUUCUUGAUAAGUUCAAUGUAUGUAGCACCAGCUCGACCCCUGCUUCCCCUGCUAACGAUAACAACAGGUCCCUGAAGGAGGAUGAAGGGGCAAAAGAUGUGCCGUUCCGUGAGGUGGUGGGGAGCCUGAUGUGGAUCGCCAACCGAACGAGAUGUGACAUCAAUAUUGCUACUCGGGCGGUGGCGAGGCAAUCUCAUAACCCAAAGAAGAGAGAUUGGAAGGCAUCUCAGAAGAUUCUGAAUUAUCUUCUGGAAACGGCACAUCUAACUCUAAAAUUCAAACCGGAUAAUUCAGUAGACGCAAGCACAUUAGUGUACGUAGAUGCUGAUUUUGCGAGCAAGGCCAACGACCGUAGAUCAGUUUCGGGAGCAAUAGUGCUUGUGGCUUCGAUGCCUGUGGUUUGGAUUUCUAAAACGCAGAAAUGCGUUUCACAGUCGACUUCUGAGGCAGAGUAUCUUGCGAUGGGUGACGGUGUAAAGGAGGCUCUGUUUGUGAAUGGAAUGCUUCAGUUCCUGAGACCUAGUGCGAAGCCUCGGAAGAUAGACGUCCUUGAGGACAACGAAGGAGCGAUUGCGCUCGCAGAGAAUCCGCUUAGCUCGAGUAGGAGUAAGCACAUUGAUGUGAGGCAUCACUUCCUUAGGAAUUUGACAGAGGAGGGUGUUAUCGAGGUCACGCAUGUCCCAAGCGAGGAGCAGCAUGCUGACAUCCUCACGAAGGCUUUGCCGAGAGACCUUUUUGAAGUUCACCGCGACUUUGUAUUAGGCUCAAGGAAGUAUAAGUCGAUCGGCGACGCGCAGCUGCCCCCGACAAGUGUACUGGAGGCCCUCCCGGACAGAGAGGUCAUCGACCCCUCCGCGGUGGAACCCUCCGCUCUGGCGCCGUCGCCAUUGACACUACCGCCGUCUCCCGUUCGACCUGGCCACGACGACAUCGGUGAGGUGCUGGCUGCACGGGGGGAGGUUCCGACGUCGUCGUCGAGCCACGCGUCGGAUGGAGCAUCAGCCAUCGAUCUGACAGCACGAGUACUCACAAGGCCGUCCGAGCUAGCGCAUCGGCAACGAGACGACACCCAUCUGAGUCAGGCUCGCAAGGUUCUGAGCAAUGUAGUUGACUCUAGCCAGGGGGGAAGUGAGCGUGACAGGUAUAGCCUAGGCGCGGAUGAUGUGAUUCGGUACAACGAUGGUAGACCGCUUGAGCCGUGGGACGAGUUGCAUAUGGACAUCCUCAAGAUCGACACACCAUCGCAAACUAGCAACAACCACAUCUUGCUCGUGGUAGACCGCGCCUCAAAGUUUCCCUUCGGGUUCCCGCUCGAAACCAAUCAAGCUGUAGGCGUAGCCCGAGUGGUGGUAGAGCUGUGUCUAACUUACGGAGUUCCAAAGACGGUGCGCUGCGACGAAGGCCCAGAGUUUGGUGCAAGACUGGUGAAGCACUUGUGCAGAUGGUUGCGGGCAAACAUCGUGUUUGGUGCUGCUGAUCACCCUCGAGGCCAAGGAUCGGUAGAGAGACUGGGGGGAUGGCUACAGGAGUUGUUGGCUGAGCUGUGUAGGCCCUGGCCUGACCGAUGGGAUGAGUAUGUUUCGCCUGCGAUGUGGAUCAAACGCACCUUGCCAGACACCUCGCUCCCAACUUAUAUGACACCUUUCGAGUUCCUGUUUGGCCGCAAGCCUCGCACGUCGCUGGAUUCGUUAGUUCCUCUUACGGACGAGAUGGAUCAGGAACGAGGAGUCGACAACUUCGUGGAGAGGCGCAAGCACAAUCUCCGUGAAGUAGGACUCGUNAUGUUUCGCCUGCGAUGUGGAUCAAACGCACCUUGCCAGACACCUCGCUCCCAACUUAUAUGA